UAAAUAAUAUUUAAUAGGAAAAAUUGAAUAGCAGACAUCGAAGAGAUGUAUAAUACAGCGAUAAGAUAGGAGAAGAAGAGAACGCGUACGGUGAAAAGAAAGAGAGAAAAUUGAAAAGAAACAAGGACAAGGGCAGUGACGCAUUAAACAUUGAUCGAAAGCGCACUGGAAACGUAAACGAAAUAAAUGAUAGUGAAGAAAGAGCGAUACCGGGAAUGCUAAACGAGAGCUGUGCAAAUAAUGCGAUUGCCCGGUGCUGUUCCUCGCGGGACACGCAGCACGUGCCACCGGAGCACAGAAAAUUCCGGCGCGUUCACGGGCUGCAGCUGCCACUGCAUCCUCAGCAGAUUGUCGGUUGGGUGCUGCUGGUUGUCGUGUUCGUCGGUACUUUCACCGUGUUGCUGACGACGCCGCCGCUAUUGCCCAAUCUGCGCUUCAUCCUCUCGUUAUUGUUUGUCGCGUUGUUUCUGCUCCAUGUGUUGACUCAUUUGACAGUGUUGCUGCUCGACCCGGCCGAUCCCGAGGUCCGGGCUCGACCAGCCCGCGUGAUUGUACCGGAGUUUGACCGAGCGAAGCACCGACAUGUUAUCGAGAACGGCCGAUGCCAUCUUUGCAACAUAACGACGCGUGGUCGACGGACCAAACACUGCUCCAUCUGCAACAAGUGCGUGCCGCGUUUCGACCAUCUGGUGUGCCUGACGUCGACUCUCGUCGCCGCGCUCGCGGUUACCGCGCUCGCCCUGGGCGAGCUGGUGCUCGUUAACGCACACUUGCUCGUCAACAACGGAUCGUCUACAUGGGAGGGUGCAGGUAAUACGAGCAUGAACAACGCCACGGCGACACCACCGUUAUUGCCGGUGCCCGGCACCGGCUCGCUCGUCCUCGUCACCGUCAUUGGCGUUCUCUCGGCUAUCGCCGCGGUGAUGCUCAUACACCUCUGCUUCUUUCACGGCUAUAUCGCCUGUCUCGGUCUCACCACGUACGAAUACGUACGCAACAAACGAGAGAGAGGCAUCGCCUCAGGUACCGCUGCCGACUCUAGAACGACGUCUACCUCUGGCCUGUGCGGCAUACCUUAUUGUACCGCUACCGAUAGGGAGGAUCACAUCGAUCGGAUGGUACCUGGCGCGCGAGGUCUCUAUUCUCGAUUCUGCGAGAAUGGUCCUUUACUCAAAACUAAUACGAACACAACGAGAAUGACGAUGGCGACAACGGACGUGUACGUUUGCUCGACGCACGAGGAAACCCGGAGCGAUGAUGCAACGACGAACGUUAAAGAUGUCUCCUCCAAGACGUUGCCUUCGAUGAAAGGUGGCCGAAAUUUUCGUCUUUGUUUCUCGUACGAUUCGCGCACCACCGAGACCUCCAUUCAGGUCUCUUCCUCGCAGACAACGGACGCGAUGGAGUUGAGAAACCACGGUGACUCGCCGGAUACCAAGUCGUCCUCCACACCUUCGCCGGUGUCUUGUUGCUUCUCCAUCAUGAACCAUCCCGAUGGCAGCAGGCACGAUGGAAACGGACGAAAGCGUCGCACCGGAGAACAUAGAAUCGAGCCGACAAAACGCUCCUGCGGAACAAUGAGAAGAAUACAGACUUUUCUGCAGGCUCGUCUGAGGAAAGGUUCGAGACAACGGUUAACGACCUCGUCAUCGGCGAUCGCUCGUCAUUGCGGCAACAAGAUCAUUCCACAGGCAGGCAGUCCUCCGGACAUCGCACUUGCCUUAACCGAACAUCAGGAUCGGAAUGUCGAAGCAGUGACGACGGAGCUGACAACAUCACCGGAUUACUCACGUCCACCGGCGAGGCUACCCGCCCUAGAUUUUUCGCGCACCGUUCGCAAAAUUAGAAAAGUACCUUCGAAUACCACUGAUAUUUCCGUCCUGGGACAGAUGCCGCCUUCCACGAUAUCUAAACGAAAUCAAACUCACCUUCGCACACGGCGGAGCGGGAGUUUUUCCAAGAAGAGACCGCACUUCAAGAUCGGCUCGCAUGUCGUAACGCAGACCGCUCAACUGUCACCCAUACCGGAGUCGGAGCUUUCGAAACCGGCUACGCCGAGAUCGCCGUCGCGAUCGAAUUCUAUAUUCGCCUUCCCACCAUUACACGAGUAACGUUGUCGGCACCGAGGUGUUACUUUUUAGGAAUAUAA